AUCGUAUUGUUACGAUAACUAUAUGUAUAUGUGGUGGUGGUGAUAGUAUAUACAUUAUCCAAGUAUAUUAUUUAUAUAUAUACAUAGGUGUGGGGUUAGAAUCUAUAAUCGAAUAUUUAUUUAAUAAAAACAAUAGAAGGCAGCCACUAGAACUUAUCAUUUGGGAUAUCAAUAAGACCUCUCUCUCUCUCUCUCUCUCUUAAUUUUAAUUUAUUAAUUUGAAAUCCCCAAAAUCACAUGCUACUCUCAAUAGUCUCAUGGGUCAAGGCUCUCUCCUUAUUUAAACCCCUCCAUCCCUCCCUCCAUUCUCCCAACACAACAUCAAAUAUUCAAACCAAAAUCUCCCAUUUCUAAUCUCAAUUAUAUCCCAAACAUUUUUCCCUACAAAACAAAAAACAAAAAAACUUGUAACCAAAAUAUUACUAUAUAUCCCAUUUCUUCAUCAAUAAACACACACACACAUACAUACAUACAUAUAUAUAUAUAUAUAUAUGAUGUUGCAACACACCACUUCAUGUACUCUCAACAUGAUACCACCCAUAGUCGAUUACCAAAUCCCAGACCACGAAGACUUCUUCUCCCGCCGCUGCAUUUGGGUGAACGGCCCGGUCAUCGUCGGCGCCGGACCAUCGGGGCUGGCCGUGGCCUCCGGACUCAAACGACAAGGCGUCCCGUUCGUUGUUCUAGAACGAGCAGACUGCAUUGCCUCACUCUGGCAGAAAAGGACGUACGACCGUCUCAAACUUCAUCUCCCCAAACAGUUCUGCCAACUUCCCAACUUCCCGUUCCCGGAAAAGUUCCCGGAAUAUCCCACCAAGUUUCAGUUCAUCGAAUACUUGGAAUCCUACGCCAAACACUUCGAUAUCAAUCCUCAGUUCAAUGAAACAGUGCAGUCGGCUAAGUACGACGAGACGUUCGGAUUGUGGCGGGUCAAGACUACUGCUACUACUACUGCUGGCUCCUGUGAUGUUGUGGAGUACUUGUGCCGGUGGCUGGUGGUGGCCACCGGAGAGAAUGCUGAGAAAGUUGUGCCUGAGUUUGAAGGGCUGGAGGAGUUUGGUGGCCAUGUUAUGCAUGCUUGUGACUAUAGAUCCGGCGAGGGACACCGUGGUAAGAAAGUUCUUGUUGUUGGUUGUGGUAAUUCUGGGAUGGAAGUUUCUCUUGAUCUUUGUAACUACAAUGCUCGCCCUUCCAUGGUGGUUCGGAGCUCGGUUCAUGUGUUGCCGAGAGAGAUUCUUGGGAAGUCAACAUUCGAAUUAGCAGUUGUCUUGAUGAAAUGGUUCCCACUUUGGGUUGUGGACAAGAUGCUGUUGAUGGUAGCUCGAGUAAUCCUUGGGAACCUUGAAAAACAUGGCCUUAAAAGACCAGUUGUAGGACCUAUACAGCUCAAGAACACAGAGGGAAAGACCCCAGUACUUGAUAUUGGAGCACUAAAGAAAAUAAGAUCUGGUAAGAUCAAAGUGGUCCCUGGAAUCAAGAGGUUCUAUCGAGGUAGUGUUGAGCUCGCUGAUGGGACAAAUCUUGAGAUUGAUUCUGUUGUUUUGGCAACUGGGUAUAGGAGCAAUGUCCCUUCAUGGCUAAAGGAAAAUGACUUCUUUUCUGAGGAUGGAAUCCCAAAGAAUCCAUUCCCAUUAGGGUGGAAAGGCAAAGCUGGACUUUAUGCAGUUGGGUUUACAAGAAGAGGGCUAUCUGGUGCAUCCUUAGAUGCCAUGAGUGUUUCACAUGACAUUGCCAAAAGCUGGAAAGAAGAGACUAAGCAGAAAAGAAAAUCUGUUGCAGCUAGGCAUAGAAGAUGUAUUUCACAUUUCUAAAAAUAACUAGUUGAAAAAAAAAUAAAAAAAAAUAAUCCAAUCUGUUUUUUGUAUUUUUCAGGCUGAUCUAACAAAACCCAGAUGAUGAUCAGUUUGUGUAGAGAGAACCAAAAAAAUAUAUAAAUUUAUAAGAUAAUGAUUAUACAAAACACAAGGGACAUGUAAUAACAAGAAAGGUAGCCCUCUCCUAGACAUUAUUAGAUCAAACCCAAGACUUGGAAAGAACAAAAAA